AAUCGAUCGAUCAGGUUAAUUAAGAAAUAAGCACGGAAUAAGACAAGCAUAUAAACAUCAACUGUAUAGUGGUGGCAGAAGUAUUUUAACACACAACGCACGCGCACCAAUCUCAUUUCUAGUUUACUCCAAAUUAAAGACCAGUCAGAAUUUUCGCCUUUGCAAAACUCCUCUCAUUUCAUUUCCUCCCAAGAGUCAAGCUAGCCCUUCUUGCUUGCUCCGUUCAACGCCUCUUCCCCAGCUUCACAGUACUCCAUGUCUGGACCUGGAGGAGGAGGUCAUGGCCUCUACGAGGAUCAUCCUGCAGCCGCCGGCUUCCUCCCCUUCGACCACGACGACGACGUGGUGGCCAGCUUCUUCUUUGGCAGAUCGGCGGCGUCCGGAGGAGGAGCCGGCGCCGGCGCCGGCGCUGGAGACGAUGAUGGUGUUGGGCUCAUCACGCCCUACUCCAGCAUCACGGAUUAUCUGCAAGGCUUCCUGCAGGACCCCGUGUACGCGUCGUCCCCGUUGGGCGGCGAUGCUGCCGUGAAGCACGAAACGGUGGUGGAUCAUCCCAGUCAGGCCGGCGGCGUGGCGGCGGCGCCGGCCACGCCGAACUCGUCGGUGCUGUCGUCGUCCAGCGAGGCGGCUGGAGGGGACGAUCUGCGCCGGUGCAAGAAAGGUCGUCGGCCGGAGGACGAGGAGGAGGAGGAGAUUGACGAUGAGGGAUCGGCCGUUCAGAGUUGCACGAACAAAAUGAAGAAUAAAAAAGGGGCGAAGAAGGAGCGUGAGCCACGUGUGGCGUUCAUGACCAAGAGCGAGGUCGACCACCUCGAGGACGGCUACCGGUGGCGCAAGUACGGCCAGAAAGCCGUCAAGAACAGCUCCUACCCAAGCUACUACCGGUGCACGGCGCCGCGGUGCGGGGUGAAGAAGCGGGUGGAGAGGUCGGAGCAGGACCCGUCCAUGGUGAUCACCACAUACGAAGGGCAGCACACGCACCCGAGCCCCGUGAGCUACCACAUGCACAGGCAGCAGGGGCUCAUGCAUGUGAGCGCGCGCGGUGUCAUGCCCGGCGCCGCCGGCGCCUACCAGUUCGGCGCGCCGCCGCCGCCGCUCCUUGGCUUCGACGAAGCCCUCGCCGCUCGGUCCCAGGACACAGUGCUGGUAUCACAGGAAGACAGAUUAUCACAGCAACAGAGGUCUCUUUAUUAUAGAGUAGAUGUACAGUCAUGUUGGGCUGCGGACAGAUCCCGAGCUCACAACUGCAUUACAAAAGGGAAACGGAAGCCGGGACUUGGACCAAACAACACAGGCGCGACUUGGGAACUAGGCCGAAACCCUAAAACUCAUCGUAGCCGGCUUGCUCCUGGAAGAACUCCUCAUCAGCAGGAUCCGCUUCGUCUUCUUCAGCGACUGGGGGGGGAUUAUUUAUAUAGAGCAAGGAGGGGGGUACACUUUACCCACACGACAUUACUAACCCGGAUCACCCAGCCCGUGGGGAUCAGCCACGUCGGGAGACCUCCAAGCUUUCAUGACAAGGCAUUUCCAAAGCCGAUACAGGUUUACCAUAUGCCGACGAGAGGGGUCCCAGACCAACAACAGGAAUCGGUUCUUAAGUGCGAGAGCGGGAAAACCGUACACCCGGCUCAAGAUGUUCAAAGGUGGCUUGCCUUGCUCGAGAUCUGGAGCUUGAUCCUCGAAAUCCUCGCACUGCGGGUCUUCGGGCUCCGGAACUACACGCGAAACGGGACAACUCAACAAACGGCGAAAAUGAAGCCCUAAUAAUGACCUCUAAGCGUGCCAUUAGAUAGAUCUCGAGAUUUGAGGAAUUUUGGAAGUUGAACGGAGUCAAACGGAUCUACGGUUGGGAAGAUAUUGAAUUUCUAAGAUUAUUGGAUUUUUGGUCUAAAGGAAAAGGAUUUAAUUAAAUCCUUUUUGGAAAAGAAAA